ACCCCCUCAAUAGUGCUGCUGCUGCAACUGAACACUGAUCAGCAGUCGUAGCAGCCCACAGGCACCUUAACAUCACAUUUCAGGCUAUUUCUUCAGAUUCCUCGCUCCUCGGAUACUACUCGUGCACUGCAAAUGCAAGCCAUUAAGUGUGUCGUUGUCGGCGACGGUGCCGUGGGUAAGACAUGCCUGCUCAUCAGCUACACCACUAAUGCCUUCCCAGGAGAGUAUAUUCCCACAGUAUUUGACAACUACUCUGCCAAUGUUAUGGUGGAUGGUAAACCUGUUAACUUAGGCCUCUGGGAUACAGCAGGACAAGAGGACUAUGACCGCCUUAGACCACUCUCCUAUCCCCAAACAGAUGUUUUUUUAAUUUGCUUCUCACUGGUGAGCCCUGCUUCCUUUGAGAAUGUAAGAGCAAAGUGGUACCCUGAGGUUCGCCAUCACUGUCCAAACACCCCCAUCAUACUCGUGGGCACUAAACUUGAUCUGCGAGAUGACAAAGACACGAUUGAACGUCUGCGGGAUAAGAAACUAGCUCCCAUCACUUAUCCGCAAGGGCUUGCUAUGGCAAGAGAGAUUGGUGCUGUGAAGUAUCUGGAGUGCUCUGCUCUUACUCAACGGGGUUUAAAAACUGUGUUUGAUGAGGCCAUCCGCGCUGUUUUAUGUCCUCCACCUGUAAAGAAGAGGGGCAAGAAGUGUACUGUAUUCUGAGGAACAUUUUUUUGAUUGAUAUGCCAUGUAAACUGUGGGCUCCUGCUCUUCAGCUCUGCUGUUAUCAACAGAUAAAUCCAGCUUGUGAGGUGACAAACUGCAGAGACAUGCAUUUCCUUGGCCUGUCUGGUAUAACUGAUAUAUCAACGUAAAUAUGCCAAAUUUGCUUUGUUUUUUAUUUACCUUUGCCUUAAAUUGUUGGUUUAAUGUGAACAUUUAUUGGAAGAGAAUGACGUAAGGCCAUGGCAUCAGGAUGAAUAACUAUUUACUGAAGAACCGGCAGAGCUAACUGUAAGGUUCUUUGCCCUGUUGCAACAAAUGUUACAUUUUUAUGAGCUUAUUGUGGAAAUCGUGACUAUUCAUAUUUUAUCUGCACAUAAUUUUCCCUUUUGGGAUCUGUAAAUGUGUCAGAAGAUUAUAUACAUAAGAUAUUUUGCGAAGUUAAAUGCUCUCACCUGAGGGGUGACGGUAAAUGCAUUCUUAAGCAUUUUAUUUUCAGCUUUUAUCACCUGUUAAACAUUUCAUACUGUACCUGUGUUUUAAUGUGACUACUGUAUGUGAUAAUUUGUUAAAUAAUGAUAGAAAUAUUACACACUGAAAUAUUAGUUUGUCUAUAAAGUACUAUUAUGUGAUACUAUAAAUAGAAAUAAUACUAUAUAAAAUAAGCUGUAAUCACAAUUGUCUGUAAUGGACCUCAUUCUGCAACUUACAAUGAAAACCAUUUUGUCUAGAUGGUCCAUUUUGUUUUUUUGCUUAACAUUUUCCUAUAUAUUUUGAUAUGUUUCAAACACGAUGAAAUGAAAUGUGCCAUUAAUGAUUUUUGUGCAGGGCUAACAAAAUGUUUUAACAGUUGU